AAUUGGAAAACAUUGCGCAAUUUAAUGACUCGCAGCUGGGUUCUGAACAUGCAGUUAUUUUCCAUCUAGCUAGAUGCUCACUAAGAUACAACCUCAUAGUUGUAGAUAUUAAGGCUAAGCAGACCGGACCAUCACUUUGACUUGCUGUAGUGACAUAAAUUGUAAUCCAGACUGUAGCAGUUGACCCCUGCCACACGCCAUAUGGCUGGCUGCCACACACCACCUAGGGGCUUUACUGGGUUCCUCUGACACCUUGCCACAGGUAGUGGUUGAAAACCGGUUUAUUUCAGAGUCGCGGGAAAUUUUGCAGGCAGAGCAGGGGUUAAUUCCCAGCAUGUCAGAGCUCUCCCUGAGUGUGUGUGUGGUGAUGGCUGUUUUCCCCUGUGUGCAUUGCACUAUGUGCCCCAACGCUCCCCAGGUACGCAGCCUCACCCAGCCCCAGAGUCUAAUUAGUCUGACUGGGGCCAUUUGAGACUGCUUUAAAAAGCCAUCAAGCACACACAGUUCUCACAGACCAAUAACCGGCAUCACCUAAGAACCAUGCCCCCUCAGGCUAAAAACAAUUCUAAUAACCAAAACAGACCAAAACAUAAAAUGCACAUGUCAUUUGGAGGAAAUGCUCUUCAUGUGUUGGCUGAUAAGGCCUCUUCCUGUCUCCAUGCCCUGCAUGAGAGGAAAUGGAACAAGACAAGCCAGUGGUGGCUGCAAACCUUGCUCUGUCCAUUUAUUCUGCUCCAAUUUGUAUCUAGGUCAGGUUUGACAGCAGAGUACCACAAACCUGCUCCCAUACUCUUUGCCUAGUCCUAAUAAUAAUAUCUGACCAGGAUUUAUCCCUUAAAGAUAAACACCCAACGAUAUAUUGGGAUUUUGCUUUUUUACAUCAAUUACCAAAAAAUGGUACGGACGUAUUGCAUGGGUAUGCAUAUUAUUAUGCACAUCCUGUAAAACUACCCUUUUGACACAACAUGUUUAACAUUAUUUUCCUACAUGUUACUAUUUCUCUAAGGAGGAAACUUGGGAAACGCCUUAUUCUCAUUAAUUUGAAGAAAUAUGUGCUGCAUGUCUGAAAAAAUAAUAUAAUCAAUCAAAGACGAUUCAAAAUCCAGCCAAGAAUUGAAUCAGGAGUCUAUGUUCAAACAUCUAAAAUAGCCAUUAUUGUGUUAAACGGCAUUGGAGAACACCCUGUCUGUUGCUAUCCUGACACCCGGUGGUAGAUCAUAGCACUGUGGUGAUAGGGUUCAAGUAGGCCUAAUACAUUUUCAUUUGAAAUAGAAAUGUCUUCUCAAAGAGAAUAUCUUCUCAAAAAGAAAGCUCCAUUGUUGGAUUUGCAGAAUGUCAACUAUAAAUACUUCCUUCCCAAUAUGCUGCUGGUCCCUAGGGUUCUGCACUGUGUGGAUAAGUUCUCAUUUUCAACCAUGUUGAUAAAAGCUAGACUAUACACAAGCCCCUCCCUUCUUUUUAGGCCUCUCAUCCUGUUUGCAUCCAGAUAUGUGUUACUUCCUCCAUUCACUGGAAUUUGAAUGAAUAGGUGACGGAAAAUGAGUUGAGCAAGACGCAAAUACUGUCAUAACAGAAGAUAUUUAUUGUUAGAUUGUCACCAUUGUGUUGUGCCUCCUUACUGUUUUGAAACCGUCCGCGAAAGAAUAUGGUACAAUGAAUAGCUUUAUUUUGUGGCUUGAUAUUAAACAUAAAAAAUAUUGUUAAACGCACUACAAUGGAUAAAGGAAAUCCGUUCCACACUUUUGAUCUUUCCGUGUAGUAUGUAUGGUUUUACAUCGAAAGCUCUCACUUUCAAAUAUAUACAGAGGCAUACUUUUAUCAAGCAGUAGGAUAUCUUGAACCUCAGUGGAUAGCAAAUGAUUUGUCCAUGUUAUAGGAUGGAUUUUAUGACCACAUUAUUGUAUGCCUCACUUUACCGCGCUCUGGGCGAACACUGAUCUGCACGCUCACUUUAAAUAAUUGACACAAUAACAAAGGGGCCUGGUUUCACACAAUGAACGGAUCAAUCAAUACAGUCAGCCCGACCAAAUAAUCAGCCCGGCUAGUGUUCUUUCCAAGGACAUUUGACCAUAUGUCUGUAUCACAGACAUUGAGACCUUCUGCCUUUGUUUGACCAUCAGUUAUGUGUGCCAGCUCCUGACCGACGAUAUAUGAAGAGGAAAAUAAUCGGAAUACACAUAUAAUUUAUGUUAUAUGCCUGGGUGCCAUGGCUGCUGAUUUUGAUGUGGUGAACCUGUUUGUAAUUGCUGCUGCAACACUGGCUAUUCCUAUUGUGGCUUUUGGUGCAUCCUUUCUUCUUUGGCCCUCAGUACUCAUUAGAGUAUACCACUGGUACUGGAGACGGACUCUGGGCCUUCAGGUGCGCUACGCAGACUGCGGCGGCUACCGCUUCUGUUACUCCUGCAGGGGCAAGCCGGGAAUGAGGCCCUCUAUCCUCCUGCUGCAUAGUUUCUCUGCUCACAAAGACACCUGGCUCACCGUUGUCAAGUAUCUACCCAAACAUCUGCACAUCCUCUGUGUGGACAUGCCUGGGCAUGAGGGGACAACCAGAACCAAUAAAGACGAUUAUUCGAUUCAAGGACAGGCCAGACGGAUCCGUCAGUUCGUAGAGGCCAUCCGCUUGAACAGGAAGCCCUUUCAUUUGGUGGGAGCCUCGAUGGGGGGCAGUGUGGCGGGGGUCUAUGCAGCCUGCUAUCCCUUAGAUAUCUGUAGCAUGACACUAAUUUGUCCAGAUGGUAUAAAACAUUUAUCUGAGACCAAAUUCGACAACCAUCUACAAGACCUCCAGCACAACCAGUAUACACUAAGCAUCCCACUGAUUCCAACCACACCGGAGGAGAUGGAAGACAUGUUGAAACUCUGCUCCCAUGUUCGCUUCAAGAUCCCUCAGCAGAUUCUUCAAGGUCUGGUAGAUGUUCGGCUUCCGCACAAUGAAUUUUAUGAAGAAGUUUUCAUGGAACUCAUCAGCGAAAGAUCAAGAUAUGCCUUACAAGAGCACUUGCAUCUGAUUUUUACACCUCUACAAAUAAUAUGGGGCAAAAAGGACCAGGUGGUGGAUGUCUCUGGUGCUGCAAUCAUUGAAGAACAUAUACCUGGGUGCAGAGUGGACCUGCUGGAGAACUGUGGCCACUCGGUGGUAAUGGAAAAGCCCAGACAAACAGCAAAACUCAUAUUAGAGUUCAUCAUCGCAAAGCAAAAUACCACCAAGAAGUCGUCGUGAAACAUCAAAUAUAUAUCAAAUUAUUUUAUUUAAUUGCCAGAUUUAUAUUAGGCCUAGAUAAUGUAGGUCUACUUCCUAAUAGGUGUCAUUAUCUAUAAAGCCCUUUGUGUCUGGUUUAAAUUGAUCUGAAAAUAUUGAUAUUUCCAAUAAAAUAAAAGUUAUGGAACUAAACAUAGA